GCUGCCUCGGCGGUGUGGGGCCGGGACUGGGACUGCCCCAAGGUCAUCCGGGCAGGCGUCGGCAGGGUCAGGAUUUGAAUCCUGUUCCCUUCCCUUGGGGCCCGCAGUAGAACGAUUUAUCGGGGCCAGGGCAUGCCGGGAGGGGCUUCAGACCCGGUGCUAGGUACCAAGAGGGGAAGGAGUGAGGGAAGGCCAGGCCUGCGGGGGCGGAGCCUCUCGGGGGUCAGUUUCAUUCAGUUCCUGAAACUCCCUGCGGGGUCGGAGGAGGCGGAGAGAGUCAUUUCCGUCUGUGGGGCUUGGGUGCUCUGUGCCAGGAACGGGUGGGGAAGGGGCCGGACAGGACCCAUCCCGGUGAAGGGAAUUAAGCGCCUGCUGUAUAUGGGGUCGGCUUGGCCUAGGAGCCCCGGGGCCGGCCUAGUGGGGGUGACCCGAAGCCUGACCCCCCACCCCUACGUGGACUUCUGAGCAGAUUUGAACACGGUGCCUGUGAUUCCAAGCAUCAGCCUUUGGGGGUUCUGCCUCAACUUUUGAAGAAAUGUCUGUCACUUAUGAUGAUUCUGUUGGUGUAGAAGUCUCCAGCGAUAGCUUCUGGGAGGUUGGCAACUACAAGCGGACGGUCAAGAGGAUUGACGAUGGCCACCGACUGUGCAAUGACCUCAUGAACUGCAUCCACGAGCGGGCCCGCAUCGAGAAGGCCUACGCGCAGCAGCUCACCGAGUGGGCCAAGCGAUGGAAGCAGCUCGUGGAAAAGGGGCCGCAGUACGGGACCGUGGAGAAGGCCUGGCACGCCGUGAUGUCCGAGGCGGAGAAGGUGAGCGAGCUGCACCUCGAGGUGAAGGCCGCGCUCAUGAACGACGACUUCGAGAAGAUCAAGAAUUGGCAGAAGGAGGCCUUCCACAAGCAGAUGAUGGGAGGCUUCAAGGAGACCCGCGAGGCCGAGGAGGGCUUCAGGAAGGCCCAGAAGCCCUGGGCGAAGAAGCUCAAGGAGGUGGAGGCGUCCAAGAAGGCGCACCACGCCGCCUGCAAGGAGGAGAAGCUGGCCGUGUCCCGGGAGAGCAACAGCAAGGCCGACCCGGCCCUCAACCCGGAGCAGCUCAAGAAGCUCCAGGACAAAGUGGAGAAGUGCAAGCAGGACGUGCUGAAGACCAAGGAGAAGUACGAGAAGUCCCUGAAGGAGCUGGACCAGGGGACCCCCCAGUACAUGGAGAACAUGGAGCAGGUGUUCGAGCAGUGCCAGCAGUCUGAGGAAAAGCGGCUGCGCUUCUUCCGGGAAGUGCUCCUGGAUGUCCAGAGGCAUCUUGACCUGUCGAACAGCACCAGCUACAAGAGCAUCUACCGGGAGCUGGAGCAGAGCAUCCAGGCAGCAGACGCCAUGGAGGACCUGAGGUGGUUCCGAGCCAGCCACGGCCCUGGAAUGUCCAUGAACUGGCCCCAGUUCGAGGAGUGGUCGGCAGACCUGAACCGCACGCUGAGCCGCCGAGAGAAGAAGAAGGCUUCGGACGGCGUGACCCUGAUGGGCAUCAGCCAGACGGGCGACCAGGUCCUGGCCUGCCCCAAGCACAGCAGUACCCUCAGUGUGCAGAGUGACACCGUUCUGUCGGUGCAGUCCCCGUCCAGCUACAACCCCUUUGAGGACGAAGAGGACGCCGAGAGCACCGUCAGUGAGAAGGAAGACAACAAGCAGAAAAACGUCGGCAGCUAUGAGAAGGCGCAGAGCUACCCGACCGAGUGGUCUGACGAAGAGGCCAACAAUCCCUUCUCCUCCACGGACGCCAACGGGGACUCCAACCCCUUUGAGGAAGACCCCACCUCCGGGACCGAGGUGCGGGUUCGAGCGCUCUAUGACUACGAAGGCCAGGAACACGACGAGCUCAGUUUCAAAGCCGGUGACGAGCUGACCAAGAUCGAGGAUGAAGACGAGCAGGGCUGGUGCAAAGGUCGCUUGGACAGCGGGCAGGUCGGCUUGUACCCUGCCAAUUACGUGGAGGCGAUUCCGUGACCCGGGAGUUGGCCCGGACGGACACACAUGCACUCUAGAGAACGUCUGCGCUUCCUUUCCUGCGGAGGGUCCUGCCGCUCCGGGGGGGACGAGCGAGCAGGUCCUGGUACUGGGGGUUUGCACCGCCGCCCUCCUCAUCAUGCCGCUCGGGAGCUCUAAGUGUGAAAGGCAGCACGACCGAGACGUUCCCAGAGUCCUUUUCUCCCUGCCUAGCCUCUUAUCAUGGAUUGCAAGGACCCUCCGCCCUCCUCUCCCUGCUUCCUCCAAUGAAAUGGUGGGUUCGGCUGAUUCUUUUCCUGUCACCUGCAUCUCCAAUUAAAGGCUUACCUUCACCUUCGCCGUGA